CUUGCCAAAAACGCCGCGCGUAGCCCGUCUUACAACAUUCCAGCGGUUGCCAGACACGCAUGAAUCAUAAACCGACCGGAUGCGGCGGUAGCACGAAUUUCUAAGGCACGCAGAGCGCUCCAAAAGCACUCACAGUGAGAGGCCCUGUUUUACAGGAUGCCCAUCCGCAACCUCAUCGUCCUCGCACCGAGCGGGUUAGUGCUCUUCGAGAAGGAGUACAGCAAGGAGAAGAUCGCGCAACCGCGCUUGCUCGGCUCGCUGCUCACAGCGAUGACCGAGUUCGCCACUCAGACGACGGCGAUGCGCCCGUCCUACAUCGAGAUGUCGUCCUUGGCGGUGACCAUGUGCCGCGAAGACAGCGUGACGUGCGCCUUAGUGCAUGACCGAACGGAUAAAGCCUUGUUCGGCCGCCUCUUAGCUGGAGAGAUCUUGAUGGCGUUCGUCGAAGAGUACGGCGGGCCCGGCCGAGAGCUCUCCCAAAAUUUGAAAGAUUUCAAAGGGUUUGGCGAAAAGAUUGCGGGCGUCGUGCAAAACACGGUGCAGGCCGUGCUACAUGAUCUGGGCACGGCAGCAUGUGUAUUACAUACCGCGGUCAUGGGCGAGGACGGCUACCAGAUGCCCUACCUGCACCACGACGGCCGGUGCGAGCCGGACUAUAUUAGUCUGUUAGCCUCGUCGAAGUACAUGUUCCAGGCGUCGGACCUGAUGCUCGAGUAUCGACGGGACGGCCCCGCGCGGCUCAUGACGUUUGACGACGACAUGAACGAGACGCGGACGUUUUUAUGGAGGAUCGAACACGUCGUGUUCAUGGUCUGCGUCGUCAAAUCGAAAGAUCGGGACAUUCUGCGGGAGUGCUUCCGGGAGAUCGUGGCCGCGAAGGGAUUGAUCGAGCAGAUCAUGCGCCAGGCCGACCAGCUCCGGCCGCCGGGGUACCUUCGGUUGCGUAAUCAGUGGUGUUAGUGUG